GUGGCUGCAAAAGGAAAAAAAAAAGUCUCAUCCAGGGAAAAAGACAGCUCCAUGGUUGAAGCCCCAGGGGCCUGAUAAGGAUCCUAAUAAGGCCCAGCUCUAUGUACUGGGCAUUUUUUUGGACACAAGCAUGCACAGGGCUUCCCCAGUAUUAUCUAUUCUGGGCAAAAGUAGAAUGAGAAUAAGGCAGGGCACGAGUAAUGGCUGCGCACUGGUCUGGAUCUCAAGUGUGUUGUGUAUUUCAGACGGGCUCACUUAAUCCUCAUCCCCUAUCAACCCAUUUUACAGAUAACAAAGUCUCAGUGUUAGGUGUUGUUCAAAGUUAUAAACUGGUAUGCGACAAAGCCAGGAUUCCAACCUGGGUAGCCUGACUUCCAAGUCCAUACUCUUGCCACGUCACACCACAUCAACUUCUAUAUUAUGAUCCUGGGAUCUGAUUUACUCACUACCUUUAUUUUACCCAAUUUACAAAUGACUGUAUUUGGCACACGGUAGGUAAUUUAACAAACAGUUAUAGAAUUAAGUAUGCCUAAUAUAGAAAUGAAAGUCCUAAAGGGCUAUGACAAAAUAAACCUCAAAAAAAAAAAGUAGAUGAUGCUCAAUAAGAAACAAGUAGUACAGGAUUUCACUAAGGGUUGGCCUUCUCCCCAUACAUAAUCACAGAUUAAGGGAAGGUGCAAGAUACCUCACAUCAUUCCAAAAAGGAAUCUCAAUAUCUAGAAUCUCAGCGCUCUGUGGGUACACAAAAAUGACUCAAACCCACUAGAAUAGAGGUCUUGGGAAACCCUGAAUGACACUCCCACCAUUCCAGCCUUCAUUGUCCCUAGGGUGGCUCAGUGAUCCAAUAGGGUAUAGAUAACUGUUGAGAAAAUAAUCCUAUUUUGAUGAAUGUAAACAGGAUUUAAGAAGCACAAAGUACAAUGACUGACAGGGUUAAAAAAAACUUUUGAUAUGUAAUCAAUUCCUCUUACACAAAGGCAAAAAAAAGGCAGAAUCGUAGAGAAUUAAGUUAAAAAACAUAUAGCACAAUAAUAUGCCAACAGACUUGGACUUUAUCCAUUAGACUAGGCGCAUCCAGCAGUGAAAAGACUCAGGAUGCAAAAGUAUUUUGCUAGUUUUAACAAUACGAUUAGUAAAUUAAGAAAUGUUACAAGCAACAAAGAAGCAGUGAAAUACGAAUUUGGAGCAAGAAGCUGUAGAGGAUAUCUGCAAACUCAACUGUACGAACGUGUGUCUGAGAUAUAUAAAUUUCUUUAUUUCCAUUUCUGCCACUUCCCUAAGCAAGAGAAGCCCAUACUGGGUCUGGCUCCCGCCCCCUCUCCCGCUGCUGCGAAACCAAGCCUGGCUAGGGCCGUCCACUGCAGCGGACACCAGCAACAGAAACCUCGCAACUCACCAACGAGGCAGGACACGGACAUGCUCGGGCCCGUAUCCAGACUGAUGCUCAGGCGUUUGUCCGGCUUGAGCUCUACCCCGCCCUCACUCACCCAGGGGGCCUUUCCCCGCGGCCUUCGCUUUUAGCUCCUCGAGUUUCUUUUGCUCCUCCUUCUGUUUCUGCUUGAAUGCCUUAUCUUCCUACGGAGAGGGAGAGCGGGUUCACUCCCGGCGGAUUUCUCAGACCCUCCGCGCCCGCCCACGCCUCUGCGCCAGCCCUCACCUCGUCCAUCUCCUUGGCUUGCUUCUUGGGCUGCUUCAGGGGCUUCUUCUUGCCACCUGCGUGCGACACGAGCACGCUCAGCCUGGCCCCCGCCGGGUCCCGUCCCUCUCCGCCCCGCCCCACCCCACCCCACCCCAUCGUCCCCGCACACUUACCUUCGCGGCCCGACAUGGCGCCUGCCGCCCCUUCCCCAGACCCUGCCACCGGAUGCGGAGCUUCCCGUCCCACCCCCUGAGCCUAUACCUCCAUGCGGGCCCGCAGAUUGGCUCCUGGUUCGGAAGUUGCGCUCCCGCUGCCGGAAGCGGUCCGGAGGCGGGCACUAAAGGGUCAGGGAUCAACUGAGUGACGGGCGCACCAUUGGGGUUGCGGCUCCGGCGCCAAGCCCACCAGGCACUGAGGAUGCAGCAGUGAACAAAACAGUGCUGGCCCUGGCAGAGCUGCCGUUCUGGAAGCCAAGUCCCUGCUGUCUCCAAGCUUAUGUUCUAGUGAGGGACGAGGCAAUACAUGAAGAAGGCAAUAUAUGUGUCUGAUGGAGAAAAAGAAAGCAGAUCUCCCGAUGACAGGGUGCAGCCCUGUGUUGGCCAUGCGGCACGUCGUGGGUGUGUCUCCCGUACUGGUGCGGAGAGGCCUCCUUGGAAGGGACCUCAUUAUGACCAGGACUCUCUGCAGCCCAGGCCCCAGCCAGCCCAGCGAGAAAAGACCUGAGGAGGUGGCCCUCGGGCUGUACCACCGCCUCACAGCGCUGGGAGGAGCCCUGGGGCACAGCAUUCAGCAACGAGCGUCCUCCAUGGCCAAGACUUGGUGGGACAGAUAUGAAGAGUUUGUUGGACUCAGUGAGGUUCGAGAGGCCCAGGGAAACGUGACUGAGGCAGAGAAAGUGUUCAUGGUGGCUCGAGGGCUUGUCCGGGAGGCUCGGGAGGACUUGGAAGGUCAGCAGGCCAAGCUGAAGGAGGAGGAGAAGAGGCUUCGUAUGACCUAUCUGCGUGCCGAAGACUCCGAGCGAGAGAAGUUCUCCCUCUUCUCUGCAGCUGUGCGGGAAAGUCAUGAGAAGGAGCGCACUCGGGCUGAGAGGACCAAGAACUGGUCCCUCAUUGGGUCAGUCCUGGGGGCCUUGAUUGGUGUGGCUGGCUCCACCUACGUGAACCGUGUGCGGCUACAGGAGCUGAAGGUCUUGCUUCUGGAGGCUCAGAAGGGGCCUGUGAGCCUCCAGGAAGCCAUCCGAGAACAGGCGUCCAGCUACUCCCUCCAGCAGAGGGACCUCCAUGACCUCAUGGCAGACCUGAGGGGCCUGGUGCAAGCUGGGCCUGGGCAGAGCUCUUUGUCCCAGGCAGGUACUUCCCCCACCCGAGACAGAGACACAGAUGUCCUUUCAGCUGCCUUGAAAGAGCAGCUCAGCCAUUCCAGGCAGGUCCAUUCAUGUCUAGAGGGUUUACGAGACCAGCUUGAUGGCCUGGAAGAGACUUUGAGCCAAGUGGCUGGGGUGCUUCAGCUUGCAAAGGCUGCAGCGCACCCAGGCCUGGUGGAGCCGGCAGAUGGGGCCCUGUCUGGGACCUUGCUGGAACAGGGGAGCAUGAUCUUGGGGCUGUCGGACAUGGAGCAGAGGCUAGAAGCCCAGGUCAACAGGAACACCAUCUAUGGCACACUGGUCACCUGCGUGACAUUUGUGGCCAUCCUGCCUGUGCUGUAUAUGCUGUUCAGGACCAGCUAGCCCCUGGACCCACCUCCAGAGGGAGGAGGUAUGGAUGUAGAUUUAAUUAGAGAAUGAAGCAAUGAAGUGAGCCUUCAGGGGUGCACUCAACCUCAGCCUGGGUCUGUGUGGCUCACCAGCAGACAUAACUUUACUUUUUAGGCAACACUCAUUUACAUUAACUAUUGAAAAUUUGUGCUAAUGUCCAAUUAAAAUGUCUUUAAGUUUGUCCUAUUUAAA